CGCAUCCAGGGCACCCGAGAUCUUUCAGUUGGCGAAAUGUCCGAGGGCUUCGUCGAGUACUACGAGACGUUCAAGGACGCGCGGGCCGACGUCGUCGGGCUCCUCAAGCGCAUCGCUGCGGCUACUGGCGACAAGAAGACCGAGCUGCUCCGCGAUGCCAACGCCAAGCUCCAGGAGCUCGAGCGCUACUACCGUAUCCUCGAGCAGGAGGCCAAGGGCGGCGAUGCACAGGAGAAGCGCAAGAUGCAGUCGCAGCUGCGCGUGUGUCAUGGCGACAUUGCAAAGCUCAAGAGCAGCCUCGAGAAGGAGGCGCUAUUGGGGCGGCCGGCGGCACCGGCCCCACGCACCGCGCAGGAGCAAGCGGCCGCGUACCAAGCGGGCAUGGACCGGACAACCAACCAUCUGCAGGACGCCAAGCGCACGGUUGCCGAGAUCGACGAGGUUGCGGUCAGUGUUGACGCGAAUCUUGCGGUCCAGCGCGAGCAUCUGGAGCGGGCGCAAGGCAACGUGGACGAGACGCGCGCGGACGUACAGGACGCCAAGAGCCAUUUGCGCAGCCUGGCGCGAAAAGCGUUUUCGAAUUUGAUUCUGCUCUCGCUCAUCAUCCUCGGUCUGCUCGCGGGCAUCGUGUACACCCUCCUUUACAAGUUUUAUUUGCGCUAUCGACACUAACGAAUCAAGGAACGGCAAAUUGAUCGCUUUUUGCAGCAGGC